GUGAAGACAGCCAAAAAUACGAGUCACCUCUGCCGUUGUUAGUGCGCAUCCGAGUCGUGUCACUUGCCGGUUCGUCGGUCAAGCACUAGGUUGGCGACAAUCAAAUGAAGCUUUCAGGAAGUCUGGGUCGAUCCAAGGGUCUCGGAGUUAGCAAAUGGUGUUUUGCGUGUCGAUAGACUUUAGACCUCCACUUUUCACGCUCUUCGGAAGAUGGAGCGAGUCGUCCAUAUGCCCGGUAGGUCGCGUUACUUCGCGCCCCCGGCAACCCGCACUCUAGGUAACUCGUUGGGCUUCGAGCACCCGGCUGGUUUACCGCGCAUAUCAUAUCGACCUUAUUCUGCGUCAAGAAGCCCCGCAUGGUCCAUGAGCAGAAAGUCACAAGAGUCAUCGGUGUGACUGCAAGACUACCUGAAUGGUUUGCUGCAUAAGCAUGACGCUGUAAACCCGGUCGGACUGCAUCAUCAGCUCUACGCGCGCAUCCGCUGUCUCCCAACGUUUUG